CUGUCAAAGCCGAAGACUCACGGCUGGCGGCUCAAGACGUCAUCGUCUUAUCGCAAGUCAAAGGUCAAAUGCUAACAGAACCUCUCAGAAUUUCCACAUCAGAAGGUGGUAAUCUCUCCUACAAACCCGUUCUCCCGAUACCGAGAAUGAUUGUGACUUCUCCGUCGGCGCCCCACAUGCUCGCCAACACGCCACCAGCCAGCGCCCCAUCUUCGUCGUCCAGUUUUAUAAGUACAUUCCCGUCUCUAGUGCAACUCCCCAAAAGCACAUCUCGGUCAUCUUCACCAUUUAGAUUACCUUCAAAUCCCAUAAGCCCUUACAAAAGCCCGUCAAGGCACAAUAACGACCCCGAGCACAAAUCCCUCGUUGAAAAUACCUUGUCACGUGGCUCGGAGAUAGACAACGACAAAACCCCGC